GAUUUUGCUUCUCAUUUUUUUUUUCUUUUUUCCUUAAAAUAUGAAACAAGACAUUUUAAAUCUCUUGUCUCCUUCAAAUGCCGGUUUAUUUCUACUCUUUGUCUUUCUUUUAACAAAAAGAUCCAUGCUACUUAGACUCUUAAUCCUUCCAUGGUCUAUCCUCUAUCAUUGGACUCGUACUAUUAAGGUACUUUUUUCGACUUCUUUAUCUCCUAAAGAACAAUCUAUAUUUGAAGAACAAUUCAAGUAUUUGAUUGUUACUUCAUCCGUAUUUAAUGAACUAAAUCAACAACAACAGCAACAGCAAAUGCUCGAGAAUGCCCCACAAACAACCGAGGGCAUCGGUCAUUUAUUUAUUUUGACCACCAGCCUUCUCUACAGUGUAACACUCCUUGCUACGUGUUAUUACUAUUGUCAUGAUACAUUUAUCUAUGGACUAUUGAUCAGUUACCUAUUUACUUGCUAUUUUAUAUAUAGACACAAUAAACAUGUACAGGUUAGAAAUAUACAUGUAUCUGCUCUUGAUUCUAUGCAUGAAAUUAUUUCAUUGUCUCAAAAGAGCGAUACGGCCUUAGCCAAUCUACCAACCAAUACACAACAAUUUAUCUCUAUUAUCAAACCACAUCUUGAGACUUAUACCCAACUGAUCAAUCAGCUGAAGCCAUUGACGGAUUCUCAAAAUUUAUGUAGACUUCGGGACAUGUACAUGGACAAGUUACAAGAUGUAGACUUGUUGAUUACUUCUAUUCGCUCAAAGCGCCGAGACUAUUUUUUGCAUCUGUUGGCACUAGAUGUCAUGUCUAAUAAUCAAGCAGCUCAUUAUGGUAAAAAUUGGAAACGGGCUAUUCAAGUCAAUCAUCAACUUGUCCUCGAGUACCAAAAGUUUAAUAAACAAUUGACACAAGUCGUUUCUUCCGAACCUCUUACUGUCAUGAUAGGCUCAAAAGGUUCAAAGCUAUCGUCCUUAAACUAUACUUUGUCACCGUCAUCACCAAUGACAGACAUAUCCCCUUCAGAGAACAAGGCUGUUGACUUAAUACAAAAAGUGGCUGCCAUAGAAAGAUAUAUGGAAGAAUGUCAAUCUAAACUGUUUGCCUGCAGACAAGAUAUGAAAUACUUGUCUUAUGGAAGAGGUACAGUCCAAAGUUUGAAUAGAGUCAAUACACGCUUUGCCAGUGUGGAUGAUAUCUUGGUUAAAUUGUCUACACAAUGGGAAGAAAGUAAAACAAUUUUGAAAUCUUUAUUAGCAGAACAAGAACAUAAGGAUGAUACCACCUUACCUUCACCUCCUUCUUCACCUGUUCAUCAAGAGAUAUCUAGGAGUCUCAGCUUGAAUUAUGGAACUAUUAGAAAACGUAAUCGUAACUCAUAUUUCUUUUAAUAAGAAGAAACGGCAUAAUUUAAAUGCCAAAUCAUUUAUAUUAACACUAGUUACUUUUACCAUUCAAAAGUGAGAAUAUAAUAAACACCUUUUCUUAAUGAAACGAAUAUCUCGAGCAAAAUUUGAAAACUUGGCCUAUCUUUUAUUAAAUGUUGCCAACAUUGCACUUUACAUCAUGGUCUUGUCAGGAUCCAUAUUGAAAGCAAGUGGUGGGUCAUUAGCAGAUAUCGUUCAAUCGAUUUACUGCAU